ACAGAUGACGACGACAGACUUCCAUGUUCAACCAACACAGAAGAGGUGAUUGAGCAAAAACCCACCUGGGAAAUCGAAUGUUGUGGGAAAUGGAGGGAAGAGAGCUUAGAGGAACAAGAGGGAUGGAUGAGAAUUCAAUACCUAAAAAGCGAAUUUCGGGGGCAAGUUGACGGAGUGAUGAUGAUCGGCUGCUGUACAAUGGAAGAGGAGGAGAAGGAAAGAGACUCUCUACAAGCGAAGCAGCGAGGGAACUGUAAAAGCCGAAUUAUGUUUGGUGAUCUGGUUUUUCAGUGUGGUGGCGGAGAAGAAAGAAAUGGGAAUGGUGAAUGGGGUAGAGCCAGAUUGGAACACGGAGGAGAGAUCAUUGUUGGGAAAGGGAAAGCAUGCAGGGAUUGAGAAAGGAGAGAAAAGGGAUCAUUAGCAGAAGAAAUUCCAGCCAAAAAUAAAUUUUGAAGGGAAAUGGGAAUGCUGGACUCCCUCUACUUUUUUGACUCAUUCUUGCUUUUUCUUUUUUAUUGCUUUUAUGUUUAUUAAUAAUAAAUAAA